AUGUCAGAACUCUUUCGAGAAUUGAAAUUCAAUGCUGGUAGAAUUAUUUUGAAGGACCCUUCUGCUACUUCUAAAGAUGUCAAAGCAUAUAUAGAUUCAGUUAUCAAUACCUGCAAAAAUGGGAGUACUAUAAAGAAAGCAGAGCUGGACGAAAUCACCGUUGAUGGUUUAGACGCAAACCAGGUUUGGUGGCAGGUCAAACUAGUUCUUGAUAGUAUUGAUGGUGAUCUAAUUCAAGGAAUUCAAGAGCUAAGAGAUGUUGUCAUGCCUUCUUCUCACAAUCUCUCCGAUGGGAGCACUUCGAACUCAUCAUCCGGAGAAGAAAGUGAAAGAGAGGAAGCAGAGAAUGCUUCUGGGGAAGAAUCGACGUUUUCUGGUGAAGUUUCAGAGGCUGAGGAGCAGAGUUAUCAUGGUUUUUCUGAGAACGAUGAAGAACCCAUACUGGAUGGCAAAAAAACUAGUACAAAGGCAGAUAGGGAGAACUUUGUGGAGGAAAAUAAAAUUUCUUCUAGACAAGAUGAAAAGCAUUCUUCAGCUGAUCCUUAUGGUAUCAAUGACAAAUUCUUUGACCUUGAAAAGUUCAAUAGAGAUACUUUAGCUGCAGAAAAUUCCAAUGAAGCUGCUGAGAGGAGUGAGGAUGAGGAGAUAGAUUACUUUCAAGAUAUGCCUUCAGAUGACGAGGAAGAGGAGGCUAUUUAUUAUGAAGAUUUUUUCGACAAACCCGCAAAAGGACCUGUGGAGAAUAAUUUUGAGGUGGAAGAUCCAAAAGAAGAUGAAGAAUUGGAUGAAAAGGAGCAUGAUUCUGUCAUGGAUAAAGUCAAGUUGGACUUAUUUGCGGAUGAGGAGGAUGAACGAAAUGCUGAAGAAAUGGGCGAAGCUAGUGGCAAGAAUUUAUCUACUUUUGAAAAGCAACAAGUAGAGAUCAGAAAACAGAUAGAACAACUAGAAAAGGAAGCAGUUGCCGAGAAGAAAUGGUCCCUAAAAGGUGAAGUAAAGGCAAAGGAUCGUCCUGAAGAUGCACUACUUACUGAGGAACUUGAAUUCGACAGAACUGCAAAGCCCGUGCCUGUUAUAACAAGUGAGGUCACAGAAUCAUUAGAAGAUAUGAUUAGACGGAGGAUACAGGACAGUAACUUUGAUGACCUUCAGAGAAGAACCUUGUUAGACGUCACACGGAAGUCUCAACGGGCUCAAUUUGAAUUGAGUGACGUUAAAUCUUCGAAGUCGUUAGCAGAAAUAUAUGAGGAUGACUAUUCACGCGCUGAAGAUGAAUCUGCCUUAAGUGAAGAGCUUCAAAAGGCUCAUUCUGAAAUAUCAGAACUUUAUACCAAUUUGGUAUACAAAUUGGAUGUGCUUUCAUCAGUACACUUCAUUCCCAAGCCAGCAAGUACUUCUUUGGAAAUUAGAGUUGAAACACCCACUAUAUCGAUGGAGGAUGCUCAACCUCUCCAUAUGUCGAAUGCAUCUUCUUUGGCUCCCCAAGAGAUAUAUAAUGUCGGCAAGGCAGAAAAGGAGGGAGAAAUUCGCUUGAAGAAUGGUGUUGCAAUGUCUAAGGAAGAAUUAACUAGAGAAGAUAAAAACAGAUUACGCAGAGCUUUGAAAAGAAAAAAGUCGAAAUCUAAUUCGUCAAUCGUAAACAAAAGAUCUAAAAGGAACGAUGUUGUCGACACUCUGUCUAAAGCUAAAAAUAUUACUGUUAUUAAUCAAAAAGGUGAGAAGAAGGAUGUUUCCGGUAAGACUAAGAGAGGCACGUCAGGGCCAGACAGCACCAAUAUAAAACUCUGA